UAGGGUCAAGUGCAGUGUCGGCCUAUUAUACGCCGAACGAUGCAAUGAUUGUCAGUGGCGGAAUCCGACCUAAAGCACAUUUGCAAACCGGAUCCACGAAGAAAACUCGGAUUCUGUAUCUGGAGACUAUGACUUGGGAGGAGAGGGAUUCUGCAAAGGACUCCGUUUUCGACGCGGCAUCAGUGCUGGUAGGGCCAAUUAUGUAUGUGUAUGGUGGAAAUGCAUACGAAAAUUCGAACAAUGACGACAAAGAAAGCGCGGCAUUAUGUUUCGAGUCACAGUUCACGGCUUAUUACAUUCCGCUGGAUAAAUGGCACAGAGUUAAGCCAGCGAACACACAGGAGAAUCCCGGGCGUGUGUAUGGUCACACAAUGCACUACGCGAACGGAUCCGUGCUGUUGUACGGUGGCUACGAUAGUAUGCUGAAAGCCGAUACCUUCGGGUUCGAAACAGGUGUUUGCACGGACCUAUCCAAUCAAGAUGAUUGUAUUGACUCAGGCUGCUACUGGUGCUCGGCUGGGGACCAGUGUGUGCGCCCUGACAAUGCGUUUGGCGUGGAUGGGUGUGUGAUACCUGUUACGGCUGUGUCUACGGGAGAGUCACGCAACGGAGCCUGCGACGCCGCCCUGGACUGUCGCACGUGUUACGAGGCCGCGGGGUGUAAGUGGGCCGGGAAUCUGUGCACAGUGAUCGAUACCGAUGAUAAUACAACGUAUACGGUGGAUGACUGCACAGUGCCGUGUGAGUCACGAGGGAACUGUUCGGAGUGCACAGACCCCAUCUUUCAUGACAAGCAGUGUGUGUGGUGUGACAGCACCAGCCAGUGUGUGCCCCUGAACGAAAUGACCAACAUCUUUGCGUACGGCGGUUGUGCGUCGUACUCGUACGAUUCGCCGGAGGGAUCGUGCCCGGAUCUGGUGUGUGCCAACCAGUUGGAUUACAAACACUGCUACAGCACACCGGGGUGCGGUUGGUGCGACUUUGUGGCCAAAACUGGGGAGGGGCUGUGCGUGGAUGGCAACGGAAUGGGACCUCUGCCCAGCGCAAAUGUCACCUGUCCGGCUGAUAGCACGUACCACUUCGCACCACCCGAGCCCACGUGCCAGUGCAGUGGCCACAGCACGUGCGACGGCGGUGGCAGGUGCGGCAGCUGUGAGGGCAAUACCGAGGGUCUCAACUGCGAGUCGUGCAUCCCCGGGUACUUUGGGAACGCGCUCAACAACGGGACCUGUGCCCCGUGCGAGACGGAGUUCAAUGGCGUAGCGUGUCUGAUGUGCGACAAUCUGACCGGCGGGUGCACCGACUGUGUCGGAAAUGUGACUGGCGCGGCGUGCAAUGAGUGUGGCAGCGGGUUCUAUGGCGAUCCGCUUAACGGCACGUGCGAGGUGUGCCUGUGUAACAACCAGACCGACACGUGUGACAGCACCACAGGGCGGUGUGUGGACUGUCCGCCCGGCGUGGAUGGAGGGAGCUGUGACGUGUGCGAUGAGAAUUACAUGGGCGAUCCCACGCUGCCGGGUGGCCACUGCUACUUUAACCUACAGGUCAAUACCCGCUACGAGGUAACCCUACCAGAAGGCCAAACGAGAUACUUCUAUGUGUUUCCGGUGCGGGAUAAUAGUGAGUUGAAUAUAACCUUCGCAAACAGUGGGGUGCUCUCACCGAGAUACAACUCCUCUCUGACGAUAUUCUGGCGCACGGAUAAGACCAUGGAGCUCAUUGUUGCCGACUACACUGAGCCGUUCUAUACGAAUGUCUUUAGCCAGGAUGUUUAUGACUUUAACGCUGGCUGGUUUGAAGUCGAAGUGAGCGAAGUAGGAGACAUCCCUGAAGAUACAUUACGGUUUCAACUGUUCUAUACGCAGUAUCGUCCACCACCGAAUUUGGUUAAAUUCUUUGUGACGUUCUUCGCCUGCUUCUUCAUCCUGUUAGCAAUCGGUCUGAGUAUCUGGAAGGCGAGAUUGGUACAGCUGCGGCGGAGAGCCGUACGUGCGCGACAGGUUGAACUAGAAACAAUGGCAGCCAGACCCUUCGCGACUGCCAAACUCAACAGCAUUACCGACAACUACUCGCUGACUUGUCGGUCUACACCUGCUGGCGCUGCAACAAAGAUGCCGCAUCCUCUCUCCACAGAGCCGUUUGCUGAUGGUGAAACGGUGAUUCAAACGGUCCUCAUCCAACUACCCACACCCGUGGACGCACCAGUCUACAAAAUAGCCUUCGGCAGCACACUUCAAACCAGCAAGAAGCGGAAUUGAUAGAAUUCUCAUCGCACAUUAUGUGGUGGGCUUCACACCAAUCAAUACAGUUAUAUAUAUAGCACCACACCAUCCAGUGGUUGCGGCUGUUCCGACAUGGUUGUAUCGACUUGACCCAUGUCUAUGCUGCCACGUGCAACACGGGCAUGUUCAAUAACGAAAGGUUAGUGAACUGUUGAUAUAAUGUGGCCUGUGUGACUCAUCGCUUCGUUUAAGAGGUAGAAAAGGCGUUUGGACCGGAUUAAGAGCCAGAUACUGGUAGAUGCCAGUGGCAAUAUAGCGUCAAGAGUGCGUCCGAUCCUGCCAAGUGCCAUGU